ACCAAGCGCGCGACAUCGUGGCAUUUUGGGGGAUGACAAAUGCGUUCGUCAACUGUUAUGGAUUACAAUAACAUACCAUCGUGUGCGUUAUACAGGCAUAUUGGUACAGUAAUAGUACGUCUCAAGAUGGAAGUUUCCAGCGUGUUAUGUUGCCAACGUGAUGUGUGUCCGGCGUCCGAAUGUCCGGAGUCGAUACACAGGCCGACCCGAUGUGAACAAUGUACUAGGACUAGAUUAAUUAGUAAAUGUGACUGUGAUAGUGAUAUUGUGGAUAAAUGUCGACCCUACAGAUCGAGCACGGCCAGGAGUAGAUACGUCAACGUCUGCGCAGCGGUUUGCCUGCUACUGUUGGUCGGUGGUCUUUCACCGCAAUCGUCAGCGGCACCGGGCAGGAGCCGCGCAGUCAUGUCUCGUCAGCGACGCGCUGUCGGUGUAUCAAAUGAGGACUCCUGGUUAAGCAACCCUUGCGAUUACGCAGAUCCUAAUGCAAAACCCCACGUGCCAGACCCAAAACAACUCGCGAAGGAUCUCGUAUGGCAAGCAAGGGACGCUUACUCGUCCGCAGCUAAAUACAAGGAUACAUUCGUGUGUAAACUCUACAGUCACCAAACUUUCGACGAGUUUAUGAGCUCAACGCCUUCAGCGGGCGAAUGGCUCCGGACGUUUGAGUUACCCGAAAAAGUUUAUCCUAAAGAAAAAGUACUCAAUAAGGACAUGCCAGAUGAAUACAUAGAAGAAUUAAUGAGUGACAUAGACAAAUUGUUACCGUUUAUGCACAAGGCCCUGAAGCUCAUCGUAGCCGGGCUUCGCUCCUUUUCCACUGAGGGGCUCAACGCAGAACUAAUCUCUGAGGAAAGUCUUAAGGUGGACAUCAACAAUACUACGAGCGCCGUGCGGGCUGUCUUAUGUAGCUUCCACGCCAUAAUGUACAAACGCGACCUAGAAAUACUACCGCUUCUGGAAUCGGAGGUCCCCAAGUUCAACCAAAGCACCCUGUUGCGCGACGGGUUCCCUCUCUACAGAGACACUCUCAACUACCUGGAGUACCUGAGGCAGGUGUUCCAGAAGCUGUACGGAGUUGCUUAAAGCAAACGCUGUGGUUGUGUAACUAGACUCCGUUAAGACCGCUAAAGUUUCGAGGAGCGCUGCGCGUUUCACUCCGAACAUAAUUUUGGCUAUUCUACUUAAUAUUGGUGCUUAUCGUAUGUACGUAACGUUAAUUGUUACGCUAGCAGUACUCUUCACUUAAGUUAGCUCGAUAAAACUUAAACUUAUAAACCAAUUUUACACCUUUGGCUGUUGUUUAGAGAAUUACCGUAUUAAAAUGUCAUUGCCAUUACAUUGCCAUUUUGGUCUAGAACGAAUUAGUUCCUUUUUGUUGUAAAUAGUGACGAAUUUAAAUUGUAUUAUUUAUUAUGCUGCUGAUAUUAACAUUCUAAAUUUCCCGAUUAUCCUAGUCAAGGUCUUAAUUUAUUUAUUUCUUGCUUAGCUCCACUUUAGUUUCAAUUUCUUUAUUAAUGUAUUAUUUAAUUAAGAUUUUAGUGUUAGGUUCCAUUCCACCAUGAAAUUGAUGUUGAUCGUCAACGAUGUUAAUAAAUUUGUUUAGUUUAUUGAUAUGUCUGAUGGUAUUGAGGCUCGUUUGAGUCUGAUGUAUAUUGCGAUCGACUUUGGAUGCUUUAGGAGUGGCUACUGCGACGCCACCGUGCAGUGGGUCGCGGCUCGAGGCUGCAAAAAUAAUUUUAAUUUGUACAUUCUAUUCCUACUUUCUCUAGUAUUAUUACUUGACUCUUGUUAACUAUUUAUAUUACUGUUACAUAAAUCCAAUGAAAUAUGACUAGCUUUAAUAGAGCUGUUAAUUAUAUUAUUGUAAAGUACAGAGCCAGUGUAUUUACGACUUAAUCAUUAUUUGUAUAGUUCAAAUAAUACAUAUUUAUAACUGUGACAAACAUCGAAUUCUAUGUUUGUAAAAUUAAAUUAUUAUUACAUUUA